CCUUCAUAGGCAGUGUGUGUCCUUUCCCAAAUAAACCAUCUGUCAGAAGUUUGAGGCUGUUGAAAGCGUUUCGUGCGACUAUUGUCAGGAGUUGAAAGAGUCGGCAGCUUGUUAUGGCGUCUUAUUAAGCAGGUAAAUUAUCUUCUGUAGAGCCUUUGGUGCAGAGUGCCAGCCAGGAUGAUUCUGGCAACAUUAAAGAGUUUUGGGAAGCAGCUCCUGCGGGUGAAAGUUGUGGACUGUAACACAGAAGACUCCCGCUUGUCUCGAUGCCUCAACACGUUUGACCUGGUGGCCCUGGGCGUUGGCAGCACGCUGGGUGCUGGAGUUUAUGUGCUUGCUGGCGCUGUAGCCAGAGACAGCUCAGGGCCUGCCAUCGUUCUGUCUUUCCUCAUCGCUGCCCUCGCCUCAGUCCUCGCUGGUCUGUGCUACGCCGAGUUCGGAGCCCGUGUCCCCAGAACUGGCUCGGCUUACCUCUAUAGCUAUGUGACAGUUGGAGAACUGUGGGCCUUUAUCACAGGCUGGAACCUCAUCCUCUCUUACGUCAUUGGAACCUCAAGUGUGGCCAGAGCAUGGAGUGCAACCUUUGAUGAGCUGAUUGGAAGGCACAUUGAGGAAUUCUGCAGACGAUACAUGACAAUAAAAGCCCCGGGCUUCCUGGCAGAGUAUCCAGACAUAUUUGCGGUCCUAAUCAUAAUCACUCUGACAGGACUGCUUGCAUUUGGAGUGAAGGAGUCAGCCUUGAUAAAUAAAAUAUUCACCUGCAUCAAUGUACUGGUGCUGCUGUUUGUGGUCAUAUCUGGUUUGGUCAAAGGAAAUCUAAAAAACUGGAACUUGAACCCUGAAGAAAUCCUCAAUGCCACCAGCAACUCUAGCCUUAAUAUGUCUGAUCACUUAACAUCAGAAGAAAGUCUUGGUGAUGGUGGCUUCAUGCCAUUUGGCUGGACUGGAGUCCUUUCGGGUGCUGCUACCUGUUUUUAUGCCUUUGUAGGGUUUGACUGUAUUGCCACUACAGGAGAAGAAGUGAAGAAUCCACAGAGGGCCAUUCCUAUUGGAAUUGUGGCCUCGCUGCUUAUCUGUUUUGUGGCAUACUUCGGUGUUUCUGCAGCCCUCACUGUGAUGAUGCCUUACUACUUGCUGGACAAGAACAGCCCACUGCCAGUUGCUUUUAAGUAUGUGGGCUGGGAGGGAGCCACUUAUGCAGUGGCCAUUGGCUCUUUAUGUGCCUUGUCGACCAGUUUACUAGGCUCCAUGUUCCCAAUGCCCAGAGUGAUUUGGGCCAUGGCAGAAGAUGGCCUGCUCUUCAAAUGUUUGGCUAACGUCAGCCCACGAACCAAAACCCCUUUAACAGCUACAGUAACAUCAGGUGCUGUUGCAGCUGUGAUGGCUUUCCUGUUUGACUUGAAAGACCUGGUUGACCUCAUGUCCAUUGGCACUUUGCUGGCCUACACUCUGGUGGCUGCCUGUGUGCUGGUCCUCAGGUACCAGCCUGAACAACCCAGUGUGUCCUAUGAGAUGGCCAACACUCAGGAGGAACCCGAAAGUGCUGAGUCUUUUAACGAAAGCAACAUUGACAUUUUACCACAACCAGACGAUCGCUUCACCAUCAAGAAUCUAAUUUACCCUUCAAACACGGAGCCGUCCCCUCUGUCCGGGUUUGCAGUCAGCAUUUGCACCAGUGUACUUGGUGUUUUGGUGUGUGUCUUCAGUGUUGUAGCUGUUCAUGGAGGGCUGGCAUCCUGGUCAGUGUCUGUCCUCAGUACUAUCAUGGUGGUCUGCUUGAUUCUCACCUUGAUUGUGUGGAGACAGCCACAGAGCAAGACCAAGCUUGCCUUUAAGGUUCCCCUGCUGCCCUUUGUCCCAGUAACUAGUUUGUUCAUCAAUGUCUAUCUGAUGAUGCAGCUCGACAAAGGAACCUGGAUGCGCUUUGCCAUCUGGAUGGUCUUAGGUUUCUUUAUCUACUUCGGCUAUGGUAUUCGCAACAGUGCAGAGGCAGUGUUGAGCAGGUCUGACACCUACAUGCCAGCCUGCACGAUAAAGGGAGAGCCCAUGGCCACAGAGAAGGAAGCCUUCCUACACAACACACACAACGCUGUUGGAGAUGAUGAUGAAGAUUCUUGAGGAAACAGGAGGUUCACUAAUCCACUUUGUUCUGCAGAUCAAACAAAUCCAGGCAUGUGCAGGCAUAUGGAGACUUUGUCUGCAUAAAGUAAAAAGAAUUUUAAAAGACUAUGAAUCUCCAUACAUCAGAAAAACAAGAUUUAAUUUCAGAAAACUUUAUUUUCAAGCUAAAAAGUAUUUUUUCACUUUAAAUUUCAAUUUCACUAAACACAACUAAAUCUGUGGACAGCAACCAAAGGCAACGCCCAAGUAGUUUUAUUAAAGACAUCUAUUUUACAGAUA